AUGUCUCCAUCAGACACAAGCCAAGUAUCAAUUGCUGAUGAAGAUAUAAUUAGUGACUUGCCACCGAAUGUAAUGGAUUGCAUUCUUGGGAAACUGCCUAUACGUGAAGCUAUACGAACGAGUGUUCUGUCCAAGAAGUGGAGAUUUUACUACUUAACCGUCCCACAUCUAGUGUUUGAUUACAAGUUCGGCCGAGAGCUUUGUGAGUUUCUUGCCAGGAAGAAUUGUGGUAAAUUUUCUGCAUUUGAGCUCAAGUACCAAUUUAAUGAAAUUGUCACCAAAUCUCUUAAGCUUCAUCCUGGGCGAAUAGAGAAAUUUGAAGUGAGCAUUCCUAGUUCAAAGUCAACGGAGGAUCCUGAUGGCAGUUCAGCUGUGGUUCAUGGUGUGAACAAAUGGAUGCUAUAUUUAUCUAGGAGGAGCAUUAAUAAAUUAACCUUAAUAUGCAAUAAUGAUCUAAAAUAUCGUCAUAAGUUACCUCCUUAUUUCUUUUCUUGUCCAGAGUUAACAUUCUUGAAGCUCAAGAAUUUUGUUCUCUCGCCUCCACUAGAAUUUAAAGGCUUUCUAAAUCUUUACCGAUUACACCUUAUUGGGGUUGACUUUGCAAACAGCUGUUUUGAAAGUUUUCUUUCCAGCUGCCCCGUUCUUAAAAGGCUAAACUUGCAUCAUUGCUCUGGCAUUCAACAUUUUAAUAUCAGCAGUACUAAUCUUAAGAGGUUGUUCAUCGAGGCUGAUGAUAAGUUAAAAUCAAUCUCCUUAGAGAAGGCUCCUAACUUGUCUGAAGUUUCCGUUUAUCUUAAGAGAGUUGUAAUUGGUCCGGAAGGCAAUCAUGUCUCUGAUUUGGUUAUGUUUGUGGGUAGCUUACCUAAUGUCAAAUUACUUCGUCUUGAUGGAAAGUGUCUUCAGCUCCUAGCUGAACCUCCAGUUCUGACUUUGAUAUCAAGAUCAUUAUACUCUCUAAAGAUUCUUGAACUCAAAAGUUUAAACUUUAUGGACUUCGAUCAAAUAUCUGUUGUUGUCUGCUUGCUGAGAAGUGCUCCGAAUUUGCAAGAACUUUAUAUUGAGGCUUCUACUAUCAAGCUAAACCAGGAACAAGUCUCUAGUUAUCUAAAACUCCUGGAUUGCACAGAUUUUCCACUUAGGAAUCUUCAUCUGGUUAAAUUAACGAGAAUCUCAUGUUUCGAUCCUGAGCUUCAGUUUAUCGCGUUCCUUCACCGUAGCAUGCCAUCAUCCGUGACAAUGAUCAUCCAAACCUUGAAGCAGGAGAGGUAAGAAGUUAAGCUGCUUCAGUAAAACAUAAGUAUCGUAGUGUUAGUUUCAGGGAAUUGGCAAUUGUAAGAGAAUUAUAUACUAUAACUUUUUAAGUAUUAAUCCUACUGCCUGACUUGGAUUGGU